GUAUCUAUAUCGACAAAGUAAUAAUAGAACCACUAACAGAUUUCAUUUCUCUCAUACCUAAACCGGGAGAUGAUAGUCAAGUGAGUCAAAUUGCUCGGUUCCUAGCGGCUCUGAAUAAUGCUAUGAAUAGACUCAACAAUUAUUACCGAAAUUUGCAAUUAAAUAACGAUGGCCCAAAUGAUCAGCGUUAUUUCCCCUAUUUUUCGACUUAUCAAGACAAGAAUAACGAUCGAAUCGGGGCCUUGCAUGAACAAAAUAUUGUGUUUGGCGAUCUUCGUCACCUGAAUAUUCUAGUCACCAGAAAAGGAACAAUUCUUGUAGAUUUUGAAUGGUGUGGAAGACAUAGUAUUGAUAGAUACCCUGUUACGACGAGUACUGAGAUACCUUGGCCUCAAGGCGCAAAUCCUAGUGCUUUACUCAUGCAAGCGCAUGACGUUCACUGGCUUCAGGUGAUAAAGCAUGAUCUGAAUUUAUAA